GAUAAUAUUUAUUAUGGACACUUUAGCAUGGAUGGAUGUUGCGUUGCAAAGGGCUAAGGAGUCUUUCAAAGCUGGCGAAGUGCCAGUUGGUUGUUUGUUUGUGUACGAUAAUGAAGUAAUUGCGACGGGAAAUAACACAGUAAACGAAACUUGCAACGCAACUCGCCACGCGGAAAUAAAUUGUAUUGACCAAGUCUUACAGUAUUGUAAACAGAAUUGUACGGACUAUAAAACGGUAUUUCGUAAUCUAGACGUAAUUGUCACGGUAGAACCGUGCGUAAUGUGUAUGUCGGCACUGCUUCAACUACAAGUACGCAGUAUUGUAUAUGGCUGUGUCAAUGAUCGAUUCGGUGGUUGCGUCAGCGUUCUCGAAGUAUCAACGUUUUACGAUCAAAAGACAAGUGUGCAGGGAAACGUUAAAGGUGAAGAGGCUAUGCAGUUGCUUAAAGAUUUUUACAAAGGUGUCAAUCCAAACGCUCCUGAGUCCAAAGUAAAAAAAAAACGUAAAACGAAAGAAACCUCGCUAACGGAAAACAAAUAAUUUUUCUUUUAGUUUUUCUUGGA